AUGUUCAUAUCCUUCUAUAUCACAGAUUCUAAAUACUCCCUGGUGUUUCAGUACCUUUUGAGUUCCAACUCGCCGCCAUUUGCACACUUAUGGUCAAAAGUGCAAGAUGUUUGCCCUGAACUAGCGAAUGAUGACGUUGCGAAUCGAAACUGGGAAGCUAAGGAUGAUAUGGGUAAUUUGAAAUCUGUUUGUGGAUCUGUUAGCAAGAAUUUGGAGCUAUACAAGUACUAUUCUUCGAAGAACAAACUGUAUUACUUCUGUCUGACAUCAGGUUCAGGCUCAACGUCUAGCAUUUCACCCUUCGUCUUCUUAGAGAGUAUGGACAGAAGCCUACUUGAGUAUUUUGAUAAAGAUCGAUUGACUGUGAACAAAAUAACGAAUAACUACGACCGUAUUACGAUGAUAUUUUACGUCUGCGUUAACGGCGGCGGACCUGCCGCCGGUAGACUGUACGGCAAUAGGAUCAAGAAAGUCGUACCCGCAAGAUCGGACCUCUCAAAGAUUAUUAAUUCAACAGCACAUGGCCUCCAAGUGGCCGUGCAACGACAAGGCCAGCAGCAUAAUCAGACAUUCGUGAGCGAUUCAUUGAACAGGCUCGAGAACGACACAAGCAGCCGGGAGGACGAUGUAGUUCCAUGGAGAACUGCAGGGUUGAAAUACAGUAACAACGAGCUAUACGUUGACCUUACAGAAUCGAUACACGUAGUAUAUCAAAAGGCAGGCAAGAGAUCCCGACGUACCUCAUCCAAAUUGGAAAUGAUAUGUGGAACCAUUAACGGCCAAGCAAGCGUGAAGUGCUACUUGAGCGGAAACCCUACGGUUGAUUUACAACUUGACCUAGCCGGUAACGAUCUUGGCGUUCCAGCAUUCCACGAAUGUGUUGAGCUUGACAACCACCAGAAUCCAAGCAAUUGCGACCUAAGAUUCAUCCCACCGGAUGGCAGAUUUAACCUUAUGCAAUACAGUAUCGAUCUCGAUACCCCACGGAUACAACAAACUCGCAGAUUCAACCACACUGUCGGCCUAGUCACAAUCGAUUUUGCCGAUCAGCUAGGAAACAAGACGGAUGAGUUCGAGAUCACAGUCAAUAUAAGCAAUUCACGUGAAGUGGCCAACAUCGAAGAUCUCCGCAUCGACGUUCAAUUACAAAGUAAUACUGACGAAGACAGCGAAACGGAUUUCAAGAUCAAAGUUUUACGCAACACACAUGGCAGAUUCGACAACAGUGUAGUCCCGGGCCAGGGUUCCUGGAUUUUUGAUAAGGACACACCAACGGGUACAUUGCCCGUCCUCAGAGGCUGCGUUGAAAGCACAGAACCCCGUUUGUUAAGAGUGCAGCGUGUCACAGCAUCCUACUCACUGUCGGGUCAGUUGGCAAGCGGAAUCCGCGUAAAAGCCAUCAACAUAGGGCAACUAACCACAAAGUCUAACAGACCAUUCAAGGGAGUUAAGUAUGCCACCAAGACCGGCGACUUCGAGAUCAGAUCUUAG